AUGAACAGUGGUGGUUUAGCAGCAGUUUUGCCUUCAACAUCUGUUGUUGAAGAGGAAUCAGCAGUUAUACCAAAGGGCAUGACAUAUACUGAUGAGAGAUUUAGUUCACGAUGGAAGGAGCGACGUGCUCGAUUUUUAGGUUGCAUUGAAAAUACGAAAUUAAUAGCGGAACGGACAAAGCAACGACAAGAGAAUGCUCGAAUAGAACGAUUAAAGAAAGAAAGAGCUGAAAUGGAAAAGUAUCGUCGAAGAUAUUUGGAAGCGGCGAUGAAACAAUACAUGGAACAGCAGGCGAAACCUCGGGAAGCGCCAUUAUCAAUAGCACAGUCUCAUGGCCAUCAUCAUCCACAACUUCUUUCCUCAUCUCAGGGUUAUCCUGGAUGUAUGCAAGUAUUACGAACUGCAGCUCCUUUUGUACCAAACUAUCCAACCAUGUCAGCUUGUAAGCCUAAUAUUCGAAAACGGCCAUUUGAAGGCAAUAGUGGAUGGACGCAAUACGCACAUAUGACCAUCAUGAGCGAUCCGUGUAAUGUAUAUCACGGAAAAAAGCCAGAAAUGCUUCAGAAUAAUGUAUCUCUAAUGCAAACUACUAAUUCAUUUAAGUAUUCAACCGUGAUGCCGAAACAAGUGCCUUAUUGUCCAACAAGCAAUUAUAAUGAUGGAACAGAUUCCAAUAAAUCGAUGGCUAAGGAAGUACAUCCGAUGAACUGUACUGUCCCCGAAUUAGAAAGAGCUGAACAGUACGAUCAAACAAGAUUGGGUAGUUCAAUAUUACCAACAACAUCACAGGCGCAAGAAGCGCCCGCUAUACCCGAAGAAAUGAGCAACUUGUCAGCAAUGCCAGAGUUAGCUGAAUCGCACGUAAAAGACCUUAUGGAUCAAAUUAGACCGGGUAAUUCACUGGAUGAUCUUGGAGGAAACUGCUUGGAAGGAGUAUUAGUUAAUCGUUGUGACGACGAACAGCCGUCCACGUUAACUGCAGAAGCUGAAAAGCUUAAAGUCCAAUCCGCAAGCAGUUCGAUAGUUUCACCGAUGUCAGCUACCUGUGGUACGCCUAAUAGUGCUCUAUCUCCAGCACAUCUUUCUGCAUCCGCUCGAUGUUCCACAAAUUCAUUUUAUGAUUCGCAUAGUGCUGCUGUAACACCCCAACAAGGUGCCCUUACACCACCUUGUGAUCAACAACAACGAAUUCCAUUAGCAGUACCAGCACCAUCAACAAUGGUACAGGAUAAUUCGUUAUUGUGUACGAGGAAUGCUAGUAGCAGUAGCAGUGCUAGUAGUAUUGGUAGCACUAAUGCUGCUUUACCAUUAACCUCACUAGUGAGCAAUAAUAAUAUUAAUGGUGGCAACAAUAACGUUAAUGGCUGUAGUAUGUACAGCACUGCAGCUACAAUUCCAGCAGCUGCAACAGUACCCAGUCAACAACUACUACAUCACCAGCAGCAGCAGCAGCAGCAGCAGCAGCACUAUCAGUUUGCGCAUUUUCAACAAUAUCAUCAUUCACGUUAUCAACAACAGCAGCAGCUAUUAGAUUUAUUUAACAAUGGUUGCCAUGUGUCCGCAAAUAAUGCGCCGUUUUCACAUAUGGAUAAUGCAAGAAUGUAUAAUGGGAUUGAAUAUCCAAGAUUUGGUCAUUGCUAUAAUCAAUAUAGCAAUCCAAAUAAGUCAUCCAUUUUUCCACGAUUUCCAUCUCAAACGUUUGUUGAGUGCUCCACACCACAGCAAUAUGAUGUUCAUUCGAUGAAAUAUCCGAACAACGGAAUGUCUUAUUAUGCGCAGCAACCAGAAAUGAAUGUGCAGCAACAAUCAUAUCAAUUUCAAGUCCCGCUUUUUCAACCGGCAUACCAUCAUCAUCAUUAUCACACUAAUGGUAGUGAUCCAAUGAUAGCUACACAGAAUCCAGUUUAUCCGAUGAAUCAUUUUUGA